AUGCUGCUGUCGGGGGGCGACCCCCCAGCGCAGGAAUGGUUCAUGGUGCAGACGAAAUCGAAGCCUCGGGUGCAGCGGCAGCGCCUGCAAGUGCAGAGAAUCUUCAGGGUCAAGCUCAAUGCCUAUCAGAGCCGCCCGGACACCCCCUACUUCUGGCUGCAACUCGAGGGGCCUCGGGAAAACACCGGCAAAGCCAAGGAGUACCUGAAGGGCUUGUGCAGCCCCGAGCUGUGGAAGGAGGUCCGCUACCCACCGGUCCUGCACUGCGCCUUCCUCGGGGCCCGGGGCCUCUUUCUGGACUGCCUCUGCUGGAGCACCCUGGCCUACCUGGUGCCUGGCCCCCCAGGCUCGCUGAUGGUGGGCGGGCUGACUGAGUCCUUCGUCCUGACCCAAAACUGGCUGGAGGAGCUGGUGGCGCGGCUACGUUGGGGCCCAGCCUCUUUGCGCACUCCUCCAGAUGUCUGGGAGGCCGAGGUGACCCAGGCCUUCGGGGCCCUGGUCUGGAUCCGCAGGGACCAGCAUGCAGGGGACCUGCUGCAGCUACCUCCCGCGGUGCAGGAGCUACUGCUGAGCCUGGUGCGUGAUGCGGCGGGCAAGGAGGACGUCAUCGAGUGGCUCAGCCACUGUGGCUUCUCCAACCCCCACAGCGACCCGGAAGUCUUGAUCUGCCCUCUCCAGCAGCAAAAGGAAACCCCGGCCCUGGUGCCUGUCGGGGACAGUCCUGGGCCCUUCCUGGAGGUGGGGACCCUUCAGAAUGAUAAUGCCAAGAGAUUACCUGGUCUAGGAGCCUCAGGCCAGGGCACCCAGCAGGACACAGCAAACCAGCUGGUACGGUUCACUUCCAGCAGUCAAGGAGGUACAGACAGCACUGGAGAGGAAGAGCCAGCACAAGCCUGCAGUAGCCAGGACUCUGCCAACAGCGCAUGCACCCUGAUACAGCCCAGGCAGACCUCGCGGCUGGAAGACAAGCUCCCCCUGCAGCCUCUUGUAUCAACCCUGAGUGUGUGCCCACCCUGGAAGGCCUGGACCCCGGGGCCUGCCUUGUGGCCAGGGGCCGUGGCUACAACCUUCUGGAAGCUCCAUGAGCUGCCUUCUGUCCACCUGGCCUACCUCCUGUCCCAGGCGUGUUUCACCAUCCCCUUCUGGCAGAGGCCGCUGGGCCCCAUUCAGCUGAAGCUGCCAGGGCAGGCCUCUUUGCCCCUGAAUCUGGAGUGGAAGCAGAAGGCGCUGGCCCCUCUGCCCAGCGCUGAGAGCCCAGUAUGUAAACCGGAUGGGGAGCUGGGGGCAGAAGCGGCCCCACAGAACUGCCCAAGGCCUGAGAGCUCCCAGGAGGUCAUGAGUCUGGUGGUGAUGCCAGGAACCUCAAAUAUGAAGGAUGAGGUCGCCCCAGGACUUCUACAGUUAGAGCCAACUUUGACCCCUGCAUCCUGUCUUCAAGCUGAAGAUCAGCUCAAGAAUACAGGAAACACAUGCUUAGAAUGUAAGGGCCCAGAAGAGGGACCCUCCCUAGUGCUGCCCACAGGACAAGAGGAGCCCCCAGCCCAGGGUGGGCUGCCAGCCCAGUCAGAACCUGAAGCUCCAAUAGUGCCUGAAACUCACCAAGUGCCCCUGGCUGCAGCAGUGCCCAAAGCAGAAAGCCCACCCACCUCUCUGGGGCUGCCUGCAACUCCCCAAGUGCCUGUGGUCCAGGCAGUGCUGCCAGCAGUGUCCACAGAGCCCACAGUGCCCACAGAGCCCACAGCCCCCAAAGUGUCUUUGGCUGCAGCAGAGCCGGCCACUCAAGCUGUGUCCACAGCUCCAAACGCAGCCAGGCAGCUAGCAGCAGCUGCCCAAGGUGUACCUGCAACUCCCAAAACUCCUGCGGCUCAGAAGACACCUGCGACAAAGACAGCACCCACAGGCUCCAAGACAGCCAAAGCUCAAGCAGGCAAAACAGGGCCUGCAGCUCCCAAAGCCCCCUCCACCUCCAAAGCCCCUGCCACCUCCAAAGCCCCUACCACCUCCAAAGCCCCUACCACCUCCAAAGCCCCCAAAGCAGCCAAAACACCUGCCUCUCAGAAGGUGUCCAGGGAGGCCGGUUCUGCCUUGGAUGUGGGCAAGCUUGUGAGUGAGGGCCAGCCUUCAUCCAGGGGCAAUACCUCCUCACUCAAGGGCCAAGGGGAGGCUGGAAGGCAAGGUUGCCAGCCUGGUAGCACCUCGAGCCCAGGCAGGAAGCACCAAUCUCAGAUGGAGGGAAUCCUGGGGGCUUCGGAGGGGACUGCAAAGCAGCCGACUCGCCACCCACAGGCCAACAAUACUGUGACCAGCUUCCAGCGCUACCACGAGGCCCUGAAUACACCCUUUGAGCUGAAACUGUCCAAGGAACCCGGGGACCAGGGCUUGCGGCGAGUGGUCAUUGAUGGCAGCAGUGUGGCCAUGGUGCACGGCCUCCAGCACUACUUCUCCUGCCGGGGCAUUGCCAUGGCGGUGCAAUAUUUCUGGAACCGGGGACACCGAGACGUCACUGUGUUUAUACCCACCUGGCAGCUGAAGAAGAAUCGGAGAGUGCAAGAAAGCCACUUUCUGACACAGUUGCACUUACUCAAGAUGCUUUCCAUCACCCCGUCCCAGCUGGAGAACGGCAAGAAGAUUACCACCUACGACUACAGGUUCAUGGUGAAGUUGGCAGAGGAGACAGAUGGCAUCAUCGUGACCAAUGAACAGAUCCACGUCCUGCUGAAUAGCUCUAAGAAAGUGAUGGUCAAAGACCGCCUGUUGCCUUUCACCUUUGCUGGGAAUCUCUUCAUGGUGCCCGACGACCCCCUGGGCCGUGACGGCCCCACCUUGGAUGAGUUCCUCCGGAAGCCCAACAGGUUGGAUACGGCGAUUGGAAACUUCCUGAAGGUAUGGAAAGCCCUUCCUCCCAGCUCAGCCAGCGUCUCUGAGUGGGGCGGUGGCCCUGAGCGCCUGGAGAGUGCACAGAAUGAAGAAGAGAGAGAGAAGAAGGAGGAGGAGCAGAGGGAGGCUGAGGGCCUGCAGUGCCUGACUGCGGAGGACGAUUCUGGCUCUUCGCUGGCCUCGGUGUUCCAGGUUGAGAGUCCCUCCCUCUCGGAGGAAAUCCUCCGAUGCCUCAGCCUCCACGACCCCCCGGACGGGGCCCUCGACAUUGACCUGCUGCCUGGGGUGGCUUCUCCCUGUCUGGGCAUCCCCUGGGAUGGGAAGGCUCCCUGCCAGCAGGUGCUGGCCCAGCUGGCCCAGCUGACGGUCCCCAGCAACUUCACUGCACUCUCUUUCUUCGUGGGGUUCAUGGACUCAUACCGUGACACCAUCCUUGACUACGAGGACCUGAUGGGCCCCCUGCACGGCCUGCUCAAACAGAAGCCCGACUGGCGGUGGGAGCGGGAGCAUGAGCAGGCCUUCCUGGCUCUGAAGCGAGCCCUGGUGUCUGCCCUGUGCCUCACGGCCCCCAACCCACAGCUGCCCUUCCACCUGCAUGUGUCCGUGAGCCAAGUGGCCCUCACAGCCAUCCUCCACCAGGAGCACUCGGGGAGGAAGCACCCCGUGGCCUAUACCUCGAAGCCCUUGCUCCCAGAUGAGGAUAGCGAGGGCCCCCAGUCGGGGGGAGACAGUCCCUAUGCUGUGGCUUGGGCCCUCAAGCAUUUUUCCCGCUGGAUUGGUGACACUCCAGUGGUCCUGGGUCUGUCCUAUGCCUCACGCCCCACAGCAGACCCGGAGGCCUGGGAUGGCCGCAGGGUGUCGACAGCCUGGCUGAUUCGCUGGUCCCUCUUGGUACAGGAUAAAGGCAAGAGGGCCCUGGAGCUGAGCCUGCUCCAAGGCCUGCGGCGCGAGAACCGCCUGCUGACGCCUGAGGCUGACAUGCCACGCUUCUUCCAGGCCCUGCCUCCUUCCGCUGACCUGUCCACUUUCAUCUGCAUCCACGUGUCUGGCUAUUGCUUCUACCGUGACGACGAUGAGUGUACUGGCUUCGGGCUCUACGUCCUAACCCCCACCAGUGCCCCCAUCUCCCUCGCCUUUUCCUGUUCCUCAUACACACUGACCUAUGCCCACCUGGCAGCUGUGGCCUGUGCCCUGGAGCGCUUUGGCAACUCUAAUUUUCCAGUGGUCUUUCUUACCCACUGCCACUGGAUCUUCAGCCUCCUCUGGGAGCUGCUGCCCCUCUGGAGGGCUCGGGGCUUCCUGUCGUCUGACGGGGCGCCACUACCUCAUCCAAGCCUGCUCUCCUAUGUCAUAAGCCUCAUCUCGGGCCUGCCAUCCCUCCCAUUUAUCUACCGAACCUCCUACCGGGGUUCCCUGUUUGCCGUGACAGUGGACAACCUGGCUAAGCAGGGUGCUGAGGGCGAUGGGGAGAGCUGGCACUUGCCAGAGGAUGUGCCAGUCCCUGUGGUGACCCCACAUGCCACGUGCUCAAAGCCCAACCUGCUGGCUUUGCAGCUGAGUGACAGCACCCUGGCUGAUGUCAUUGCCAAGCUGCAGGCUGGGCAGAAGUUGCCUAGCUCCUCACCCUUCAGCUCAACCUUCAACUCACUCAGCCUCGACGAGGAGACGGGCCUGCUUGUGUUCAAGGUCGAAAAGCGGCCCAGGGUUUGGGUGGUGCCGCGGCAGCUGCGCAGGGAUCUGAUAUUUGCUGUGCAUGACAUCCCCAUGGCGGGCCACCAGAGGCCCGAGGAGACCUACAAGAAGCUGCGGCUGCUGGGCUGGUGGCCCGGCAUGCAGGAGCACGUGCGCGAGUAUUGCCGGAGCUGCUUGUUUUGCAUCCCCCGGCACCUGGCGGCCGGGGAGCUGAAGGUGAUCGAGUCCUUGUGGCCUCUCAGGUCCACUGCCCCCUGGUCCACCCUGCAGAUCGAGGUGGUGGGCCCCAUCACCACGAGUGAGGAGGGUCACAAGCACGUGCUCAUUGUGGCCGACCCCAAUACCCGCUGGGUGGAGGCGUUCCCGCUGAAGCCCUACACCCAUAUGGCUGUGGCCCACCUGCUGCUACAGCAUGUGUUUGCCAGAUGGGGCAUCCCCAUGCGGCUGGAGGCGGCUCAGGGUCCCCAUUUUGCUCGGCAUGUGCUGGUGAGCUGCGGGCUGGCUCUGGGAGCCCAGGUCACGACCCUGAGCAGGGACUUGCAAUUCCCCUGCCUGGCAAGCUCAGAGGUAUACUGGGAAUUCAAAAGGGCCCUCAAGGAGUUCAUCUUCCUGCACGGCCACAAGUGGGCGGCCUCCCUGCCCUUAUUGCACCUGGCCUUCAGGGCCUCUUGCAGCCACGCCUCGCCCUUCCAGGUGCUGACUGGAGGGGAAAUGAGGCUGACCGAGCCUUUGUGGUGGGAGAUGAGCAGCGCCAACCUGGAAGGGCUUAAGAUGGACACGUUCAUGCUGCAGUUGGUGGAGCUGCUGCUGGAGCUGCACUGGAAGGGUGCCGAAAAGGGCAGCUCCAAGGCCGAGAACAAGCGUUUCCAGCGGGAGAGCCAGGAGAAGGAGUGGCACGUGGGGGACCAGGUCCUCCUGCUGUCCCUCCCCAGGAAUGGCAACAGUGCCAAAUGGGUGGGCCCCUUCUAUAUCGGGGACCGGCUGAGCCUGUCUCUGUAUAGGGUGUGGGGCUUUCCCACCCCGGAGAAGCUGGGUUGUGUCUAUCCGAGCAGCCUGAUGAAGUCUGUUGCCAAGAAUGGCACGCCCUUGUCUUUCAAGGUGCUGGAGCCGUGA